UUCCAGCUGCCUCCGACUUCCUCAAUCCAGCGCCAUAAAAGCUGCUGCAGCCGCGGCCCCCGGUCCCGCCGCCCGUGUCCCCCGUCCCGCCGCCCCGGUCCCGCCGCCCGUGUCCCCACAGCGCCAUGCCGGGGAUGUGGUGGCCGGCGCUGCUGGCCCUGCUGGUCCCGGCUGUGAUGGCCCAACCGCAGCCCGAGCUGGACGCGCAGUGGCGCCUGUGGAAGAAAACGUACGGCAAGGAGUACAACGGGGAGGCGGACGAGGCGGCGCGGAGGCUGAUCUGGGAGAAAAACCUCAAGUACAUCAACCGGCACAACCUGGAGCAUGCGCUGGGCGUCCACAGCUUCCAGCUGGCCAUGAACCACCUGGGGGACAUGACCAGUGAGGAGGUGGUGCGGACCAUGACGGGCUUGAAGGUGCCUCGUGGCCACCAGCGUCACAACGGGACCCUCUACGUCCCCGACUGGACCCAGCGAGCCCCAGCGGCCGUGGACUGGAGGAGGAAAGGCUACGUGACGCCCGUCAAGAACCAGGGCCAGUGCGGCUCGUGCUGGGCGUUCAGCUCGGUGGGCGCGCUGGAGGGGCAGCUGAAGCGCAGGACGGGGAAGCUGCUCCCGCUCAGCCCCCAGAACCUGGUGGACUGCGUGGCCAACAAUGACGGCUGCGGCGGCGGCUACAUGACCAACGCCUUCGAGUACGUGCGGCAGAACCGCGGCAUCGACUCCGAGGACGCCUACCCCUACAUUGGCCAGGACGAGAGCUGCAUGUACAGCCCCAGCGGGAAGGCGGCCAAGUGCCGCGGCUACCGGGAGAUCCCGCCGGGCAACGAGAAGGCCCUGAAAAGGGCGGUGGCCAGGAUCGGGCCCGUCUCCGUGGGCAUCGACGCCAGCCUGCCCUCCUUCCAGUUCUACAGCCGCGGUGUUUAUUACGAUGAGAGCUGCAACGCCGAGAACAUCAACCACGCGGUGCUGGCGGUGGGCUACGGCGCGCAGAAAGGCACCAAGCACUGGAUCAUCAAGAACAGCUGGGGCGAGGAGUGGGGCAACAAGGGCUACGUGCUGCUGGCGCGGAACAUGAACAACGCCUGCGGCGUCGCCAACCUCGCCAGCUUCCCCAAGAUGUGAGCGCUCGGCUCCCGCCCCAAAUCCAGCCUUGUCCACCUGAUCUCCAGCAUCGCUCCAGUUUGGGGAGAUUCUGCUUCUCCGCAGGGACGACCCCCCAGUUCCGAUUGUCUCCGAGACCCCUUUGCCGCGCCGUCGGUGCCGCGGACGCCGCACCCGCCCGGGGACACUGGUGCGAACGGGUCCCACGUCCCGGGUGGGAACCGCCGUGCAGGACACGGCCCCGCCGGCUCUUGUCUGUGAAAUAAACCACUGCUGGGAACCAA